GGAUUGCUGGGAAGAAGAAGGAGGCUGUCGAGCUUGGGACGUUUGAAGAGGGAGGUAUAGGCAGAGCCAGUGUCAAAAAGGAAUCCUCCUGAUCAGGACCAGAGUCCCUUUCUCGCAGUGACAAACCAGGAAGCGGCUCCUGUGUGAGUUUGAAGAGAAGAACUCUGAUACGUCCAAACGGUGACAUCAACAUCCGCUCAGCUGGACACCAUGAUGGACGAGGAUAUCAUCGAGGACCGGGCCAAGCUGAAGCAGGGCCUGUGCAAAGUGCUGCAGUGUGUAGCCACCAUCUCCUCGGCAGCCGCUGUGGUUAACCCCAUUUUUGGAGUGGCCGGCUCCCUGAUCCGUGUGGUUCUGCACCACAUCGACGACGAGGACAUACGCACCCUGAAGCGCGAGUUUGGCUCGGUGAACGAGGGGCUAGAACAGCUGUCCCAGAUGAACCGCAACACGCUGGUUCAGAUCAAGAAGGAGACGCUGGACGGCCAGUACUGCCGCGUGGAGGAGAACCUGAAGAACCAGUUCAGGAAGUUCAUGUUGAUGGUGGAGGCACGGCCGGAUCACCGCGAGCGCAAGAAGGACGACUUCGAGGAGAGCUACGCCAACGACUUGGGAGACCAGAACCUGCACACGCUGUACGACGGCGUGGUGGGCAAACCCAAGCUCUUCAGCCGGCCCAUCCUGGAGGUCUACCUGAAGCACUCGCAGGGCGACCGCCAAACUAUGGAGCGACUGUGCACGCGCCUCACCUACCUGUUCUGCAUCGGCCUCAUCGCCUUCAUGGGCUACGCCGCCGUCAUCGGAGACGACGAGGAGGGUCUGAGCGAGGAGUGGGCCGAGAAGAUGGAGCACGUGCAGGAGAAGAUGCAGGAGGCUCUACGUCGGUGCCAUUAGAUAGGAAGCAUGAAGAAGAGCUUCUUUUUUUUUCUGCAAUGCUUUGUUUUCAGGACUCGAAUGUCCAUAUUCCCUCUGCAUCUCCUCCUUUGUUUCCCUUUUCUCUCCCUAUAAGCACUUUGUAAACAUUGACUCCGCUGAUUGGAAAAUCCAGCGGUUUGGGCAACAAUAUGUCUCAUUCUGUUCAUAACGCUAUUGGCCCAAACGUCCUACAUAUGCAAACAGUCUCUGAGCCACAUGCACACAUAAGCCCCCCAGACUGAUAAAGAGAAGAAGAGAUGAUUGACUAGAUAUCAUGAUCAUGCUCAACUUGACAAAAAACGCUUCACAUUACGAGUUAAAUCUGGACGGAGUGCAGUAGUUGAAUUGAGACAUAACACUGAAUCGUUAAUCUACUCUGAAAUGAAAGUAAGGAAACUAAACACUUUACAUCUUGCUACAUAACACUAAAGCCUUCUAAAGCAGUCUGGUCCGAACAUCAUGUGGAAUCAGGCUCUGACCUAAACGCACCUUGGUCUCACUUUAAAUGUUUGACACUGCAAUGUUUCUCCAACCAUUACGCACUUAUUUAAACUUCUGAAAGUAGAUUUUUUUUACACUAAAGAAAAAGAAUAAAACGGGCAAAAAGACCAGUCAAACACCUUGACACCUGAGACAUGACUGCUUUCAUUACCACAGGAACGAGAAGCAAGUUUUUAAUGCUGUCAUAUUCAUGUUAAUCCACUAGGGGGAGCUAUUACAGGCCAUACCUUUGCAUUGCAGAAUUGUCAUUCAGUAAAACACUAUUAAACCAAUCCUAACACGUAGCAAACAUCCCAAAGUGUUCAUAUCUAUGAAUGCAACUACAGAGAUUUUAUUAUUGGCUCAUGGUCAAACCGCUGUCUGCUCAUCGUUACACAUGUGCAGGGAGCAUUAAGGUCAUGAUGCACUAUAUACAGUCAUUUCUGCCAAACCUCGUCUAAUUUAACACUAAUUUCUGUUAGCUGUUGUCAUGACGACUUUAUUUGUCUUCAGUAAACAACUGCAGUGACAGAAUUAAAAACACUAAAAGAACCUUUAAAAUCGGAAUAUUUGUGAUGCUACAUCUGGUAAAACACUUCACCAAAGAACGAUACACUAAAUAUAAUUCUCUCUUUUUUUAAUAUUCUUCUUCCAUGACUGUUUUGUGUUUGUUUUCUACACUUCUACGUUAUGUUGUGUUUGCAGGAUGUCAAACCGUCACUGUACGACUCCUUCAACUCUUCACUGUCUCUCUUUUUUUCUCUUCCACAUGUCCUGUUGCCUUAAGGAAAUUCACGAGGCGCACCAAGUGUAUUUGUAAUAUAUGAGUAAAACUAUUGGUGGGUUUCUUUGCUGUUUGGCCAUUUAGAGCAUACAAAACAAUCCCUUUUUUUUGUCUCCUAAGUUUUGGCUCGUCUCGUACUCGUCCUCCUCUGACCAACAGUGCCUAAAUGUGCCGCUCAUUUUUGUAUUAUUAUCUUUAUUUUGAGGGUUUUUUGUCUUAAUCAUUUAAGUAUAUUUUUAUGUCAUAUAAAAUGUUCUUUUUGCUCCAGGUUAGAUUUCAUUUUAUGGUUAAAUAAUAUUUGUAAAUGUUUUUUUAUCUGUUAUUUUAGUGAACAGGUGGUAUCAGUAGAAUCGAAGGGGAUCUCUGCAGCAGGACAGAUCAAAGAAUCAACAAGGUUAUUAAUGAGAGAAGAGCGAACAUGUGAUCCCUAAACAACAUCUGAUUGUCAUGAAUGGUUUUCUAUCCGUCAGCUCUUUUGAUCCCACACAGGCCCCGCCUACUUUCCUCAUCUUUUCAGUAACUGACUCCGC